AUGAAUGCUGUGAACCAUGCGUUCCCAGGCAUCGUUGCUUGUCUGCUAGCAUGUUUUGUUGCCCCUAGUCGUUGGCGUACCGACAAUCCGAAGAGGAUUGAACCUAUUGCUACCUUCUUUGCUUACACAUGGUACUAUGUCGCUUCGCCACUGUUGUUCUCACUAGUCGGAACACUGCUUGAUUUUACCGAAAUACCUGGAGAUCGUAUUUUUGCGGCAAUUGUCCUAGUAAUAGUUGGCGUACUAGCACGACUGGCGAGUGGAUUUGCCGUCGUCAUCUGCUCGCCGUUGAGUCUAGGAGAACAGUUUGUCGUCGUUUGGUCACUUGUACCAAAAGCUACCGUUCAGGCUGCGCUUGGUCCCAAUCUUCUCGCGGCAGUCGAGGGUUUUCCUCAAUUUAAAGAAGAUGCCACAUUUGUAGUGGCAAGUUGUAUCUUAACGGUGGCAAUCACAGCUCCUAUCGGCGCUGUUAUUCUCGACCUUGUAGCACCCCGUGUUAUGAGAAAAGCGCCGGCACAUACAAAUCAAGUUGCUGCGGGGGAUCAGGAGGUUCAUAAGAAGUCACUGCCAACAAUCGUUGAAGAAUGCAGAGACAAACCAUCAUUACGCGAGUUGGAACUGGCUGGAGUCCACGAGAUCUUGUUCAACUCAGUUAUGAAGUGCAAUAUUGAUAUUCGAAAAAAUCUGUGCCCCAACACGACCUUGACAGGAGGAAACACAUUGUUUCCCGGCCUUUCAGAGCGCAUGGACAAAGAAUUGACUGCUCUAAUUCCUAGGAAAUGUGGACCACAAGGUAGGAGUACAAUGAAUGUGGGCCCUCCAUCGUUCACCGAAUGUGCUGAUCAGCAGAACACCUUCGCUUGUGACAAUACACUGGCGUGUACUAAUAAAUGGAUUUCGGUGUGUCUCGAGUAA